AACCGUAUAUUGUAUUCAAUAGUGAAUAGAGUGUUGUGUUUGUGCUGUCAUUGCAUUCACGCUAUCAUAACAUCACUUCAACUGAUCUCUGUUUGAGUCCAUUUGUGGCCUCACUUAGAGAUAAUGGCCUCAAUAUUUAUUAUGUUGUUUUGCUUGUAAUCGACAACAUUAUGGCUAUUAACUGAUCCACUAAUGGCUCGCCAAUGAAGAAGUCACUCCGAAGUGCAGCUAAAAUGCAAAACAUUGUUAAUUGCCGAGUGUGUGUUUUGGUGGCAAUGGUUGGCAUUUGUCUCGUGAGAAGUGACGACACGUUUUACUUUUUGCCGAAACCACAGGACAAGGGUGUAGUCGACGGCAAACCAGUGGUCAUUGAAUGCAAUGUCGCCGACACUGCAGACAGUCAUCACAUUUCCAUCCAUUGGAAUCAUAACAACAAUCCAUUGGUUUACGACUCGCGACGGUAUCAGAAGAAUGGAAAUCUGGUCAUCACUUAC